AUGGUUAACCUUCAUUGCUUAACCACCUCUCUACUCGUCUCCUUCCUCCUCUAUUCCUUUCAUUCAAUUGCAAUUGCAGAAGCUAAGCAUCUGCUUCAGCUAGAUAGAGGCCAUUCCCUAUCCGUUGAGGAUGCAGACUCCACUUUUCUAACCUCCCCAGACAACACAUUCUCCUGCGGCUUUUAUGGAUUGGGAACCAAUGCUUUCUGGUUCGCAAUAUGGUUCACAAAUUCCAGGGACAAAACUGUCGUUUGGGUGGCCAACAGGAGAACCCCCGUCAAUCGCCUCGGCUCCAAGGUAUCGCUCCAAAAACACGGAGCUUUAACGUUAACUGAUGUCGAUGGGAGGAUCGUAUGGGAGACUAAUACCUCUGCAACUGAUGUUAAUAGAGCUGAGCUUCUUGAAACGGGCAAUCUUGUUCUCAAGAAUUCGAAAGGGGAAGUUUUCUGGCAAAGCUUCGGUUUUCCCGCAGAUACUUUACUGCCUUCCCAGGUGUUCACCAAGGACUACAAGCUCAUAUCUCCAUUAAGGGAAGGGAGCUUUGAACCGGGCUAUUUCAGAUUAUUCUUUGAUGGUGAUAACGUGCUAAAGUUACAAUAUGAUAACCAAGAUAUUUCUCGUCAAUAUUGGCCUAACCCUUAUUUUGAUGUGUACACCAACGAGAGAACCAACUAUAAUGGUACUAGAAUUGCUUUUCUUGAUAAUCUGGGAAGGUUUUUCUCCACUGAUAGAAAGGACUAUAAUUUAUACUUAAAUGCUAGUGAUGCGGGUCCUGGGAUCACGAGGAGGAUGAAACUGGACAUUGAUGGGAAUCUCAGAAUCUACAGCUUGGAUGAUUCCACUGGGCUGUGGAAAAUUACCUGGCAAGCCCUUCAAAAGCCAUGCUCCGUACAUGGACUCUGUGGAGGAAAUGGUAUUUGUAAUUAUGGUCCAGAGCCCAAAUGUUCAUGUCCUCCAGGGCAUGUGAUGAUCAAUUCCAGUGAUUGGGGAAAAGGGUGUAAGGCUUUGUUCAAUUCAACAGAUUUAAUAGCUCAGCCUGUGAAAUUCUUGGAGAUUUCUCAUGUGGAUUACUGGGGAUUUGAUCUCAACUACUCUGAAACCUCCUCUCUGAAAGACUGCAGGGAUAUGUGUUUAGAGGAUCAAGCGUGCGUGGCGUUCACUUACUGGAACCAUUUAGAUGAGAGAAGAUGUUUCACCAAGAACACACUUUUCAACGGUUACAGAUCCCCGGAUUUUCAGGGGAGUACAUUCCUUAAACUCCCCGAAAAUCUCCCAGUGCCAGAUUCAGGUACAGUGAUCCUCAACCGAUCUAACUUAGUAUGUCCAGAAAACAUAACAGAAAUUAUGGUGGGUUCUCCUAAAAUGUACAAAGAGAAAACUAGGAAUAAGCUGAUAUGGGUUUAUCUGUACUCGUUUUGUUUUGCAAUUGGUGGGGUUGAAGUUGUGGCUUUUGUGUUGGGUUGGUGGGCUUUAUUCAGCAAGCAUGGGAUUCCAGCCUCAAUUGAGAAUGGAUAUUGCAUGUUAUCCAGUCAGUUCAGGAGGUUCACUUAUGCAGAACUGAAAAAGGCCACCAAGAAUUUCAAGGUGGAGCUAGGGAGAGGAGGCUCGGGUGCGGUUUACAAAGGCGGGCUGGAAGAUGGAAGGGCGGUGGCUGUGAAGAGACUCGGGGAUGAGUUUCAAGGAGAAGAACAAUUCUGGGCAGAGAUCACCACAAUCGGAAAGAUCAACCAUAUGUAUUUGGUGAGAAUGUGGGGGUUUUGUGCAGAAGGGAAACACCGCCUUUUGGUCUAUGAAUAUGUACAAAAUUCCUCACUGGACAACCACAUUUACACCUCGAAUUUUCUCGGGUGGAAAGAAAGGUUUGAGGUCGCAUUAGGCACGGCUAAAGGGCUUGCAUACCUUCACCAUGAAUGCCUGGAAUGGGUGAUCCAUUGUGAUGUGAAACCCGAAAAUAUACUUCUAACCGGUGACCUCGAGCCCAAGAUUGCAGAUUUCGGGCUAGCCAAGCUCGCUCAAAGAGGCGACCCGGGUUCAUAUUUCACCAGAAUCCGGGGAACCAAAGGGUACAUGGCUCCAGAAUGGGCUCUAAGCCAACCCAUCACUGCAAAAGUAGAUGUGUAUGGUUAUGGUGUGGUGAUCCUUGAGAUGGUGAAGGGUAGUAGGCUCAUAAAUUGGAUGGUGGAAGAAAGUGGGUUCCAGCAGGAAGCGGAUAUGAAGAAGUUUUUCUGGGCAAUGAAGAGGAAAGUUGAAUUAAAAGAAGAGGGGUGGGUGGAUGAAAUGGUGGAUAAAAGACUGGAAGGGAAGUUUAGCAGGAAUCAGGCUAAGACACUGAUCAAGGUUGGCCUUGCAUGUGUGGAGGAAGACAGGAAAAUGAGGCCUACAAUGGCUUCUGUGGUUCAAAUGUUGCUGGAAUGUCAAGAUUAAAUAACAAACA